CGCGCGCUGACGAAUCUCCCGGUCUCACCGUGAUGACCACAACCACGUGGUGAAGCCAGUCCUAUAUAAAUCUCUCUCUCCAGCCGGCUGCCUUCAGAUGUGCAUGUGUGUGCUGGCACAGGGACCGUUGUUUUCCACCAGAAGGAAUGGAGGCGUGCGUAAACUGAAAAGGAAAUCGCUUUUACCUGCUCUUACAGUAAUUUACCCCAUCAGUCCGUUCACUCUUUUCUGUCCCACGACUUUAGGACGCGUGAGACAGGGACAGCUUUAUUUUCUUCAGCAUCUGCCGGUGCCAAAACGCGCAAACCUGUGCGUCAGAGGAGAGGCGAUGCGACUUGCGGAGUGAGCAGAGGCUUUUCCUGGACCUCCACAUCUUCUCAUCGAUCGAGUGAGGGUGAGUGGGAGGCGUGAUUGCGCGGCCGUUUGGAGAGAGUUCGCGGCGCUCUGAUGCGGUGGAAGUGCGCGCAAAAAGCCCGCAGGCGACGCGUCUGUCAUCAACAACUGCAUCAACGGACCUCUGAGAAGCAGACACUUUUGAUGGCCGAAUCAAUAACUGUUUUAGUGCAGGGUCCGUGCUUUUGUGCACUUACUAUGAAGUGAUUUGGAAUGACGAUCUUAGUUUCUCUCCAGAAUAUAACGGAUCUGACAGACCAUUUCACGUUGGCACCUCGGAUGGAUUUGCAGGUACAAUAACGAAAUAGUGAAAGAGAGAGAGAAAACAUUUGCCAUUGAUACGAGUGCGCAAAGUUUGAAGUUGGCAAACUACAUUUUAUUGAAAUGAUUGGGCUUCUGCGUGACUUAAUUCAUUAAUUCGAUUUUUCAGACUCGCUUCUGGUACAAAAACAUAAGCACAAAAUGAACUUGUACGUCUUGAGUCUCCUUCUGACCUUGGAUUUAGCCACAGUGGCCGUCAGUUUAUCCACAUGCAGCACUCUGGACAUGGAACAGUUCAAAAAGAAGAGGAUCGAGGCCAUCCGCGGUCAGAUCCUCAGUAAACUCAAGCUGAGCAGUCCUCCGGAGAUCUACCCCGAGCCCGAGGAGGUGUCCCGGGACAUCAUCGCUAUCUAUAACAGCACGCGGGACCUGCUUCAGGAGAAAGCCAACGAGCGCGCGGCCACCUGCGAGAGACAGCGCAGCGAGGAGGAGUAUUACGCCAAAGAAGUGCACAAGAUAGACAUGCAGCCCUUCUACCCUGCCGAGAAUGUCAUCUCUCCAACACAUUACAACCCGUACUUCAGGAGGCUAAGGUUUGACGUGAGCUCCAUGGAGAAAAACGCUUCAAACCUGGUGAAGGCAGAGCUCAGGAUCUUCAGGCUGCAGAACCCAAAGGCCCGUGUGUCUGAGCAGCGGAUUGAGCUUUACCAGAUUCUAGGUCAUAAAGAGCUCACGUCACCCACACAGCGCUACAUCGACAGCAAGGUGGUGCGCACCCGCAUGGAGGGCGAGUGGCUGUCGUUCGACGUGACCGAGGCCGUCAGCGAGUGGCUGCUGCACAGAGACAGAAACAAUGGAUUCAAGAUCAGCCUGCACUGUCCCUGCUGCACAUUUGUGCCGUCAAAUAAUUACAUCAUCCCCAACAAGAGCGAGGAGCUGGAGACACGCUUUGCAGGUAUAGAUGACAGCUUUGUGCACGGAGGCGAUCUGAAGAUGUUUAAAAAGCGCCGUCACAGUGGCCAGUCUCCACACCUGCUGCUGAUGUUGCUUCCAUCGUACCGUCUGGAGUCCCAACACAAGAGCCACCGACAGAAGCGAGCUCUGGACGCAGCCUUCUGCUCCAGAAAUGUGCAGGACAACUGCUGUUUACGCUCUCUCUCCAUCGACUUCAAGAGGGAUCUGGGCUGGAGGUGGAUCCACGAACCGAAAGUUUAUAACGCCAACUUCUGUGCUGGAGCCUGUCCGUAUCUGUGGAGCGCGGACACUCAACACAGCAAUAUCCUCGGCCUCUAUAACACCAUUAAUCCAGAAGCGUCUGCAUCUCCUUGCUGUGUGUCUCAGGAUCUGGAACCCCUCACAAUCCUUUACUACAUCGGCAAAACCCCCAAAAUCGAGCAGCUCUCCAACAUGAUUGUCAAGUCCUGCAAGUGCAGCUAGGAACCGAUUAUCUCACACAUCCACACAAACAAACACACAAUCACAAACAUGCUGGGCAGGGUGUCACGGUACAACACAGUAAUUCCUACAGAAUAGUUCCUACAAGAUGUACAGACCAUCAAAAACUCAUCACACAUCUGAAUGGAGAGUGGAUGUGUGAUCUUGUGCUGGAAACAGCCCUGUCGGCAUGCGUCACAUCACCCACUCAUCACUCUAUGGAUGUGAGUUUGGCAAACACUGGAAGUUUGUUAUAGGUGUCUAUAUGUGAAGCAAGCCUUGUUCCAUUUAUUUCAAACAAACACUUGUUUCUGUUUUUUUUAUUUUUUUUGUUUCCCCUCAAUUCAGAUAUUGUUUGCUUGACUAUUUGAUCAUAUUUAAAACCCAUGAUAUUGUUCACCAAUACUGGUGAAGAGCUGGAAAGUUCUGUCUCAAACUGUGUUGCUGCCACAAAUGAACUCCAUGCCUGGCGCGAAUAAACGGUUUUUGCAAGGGGGUAGAGUUGGCGACUGACUGACGAAAUAUUUUUAAAGUUAAUGCACGCUUCAGAAAGGCAUAGUUUUACCACCU